AAGAAUCAAAUACCUCACCCACUACUUUAUAUAUGGGUGCAAGCGUUGAUUGACAACCCCAAUCAUUGAAAGCUCUUCCUCUUCUUCUUUCUUCUUCUUCCUGGCAAAUAUAUUUAGGUUCAAGUUGAUCUUUCAAAUACAGAGCAAUUCGAUCAAACCCUCAUACUGAAUGGCUAAUGUGGUAGAGCUGAAGGUGGGUUUGCACUGUGAGGAGUGCAUCAAGAAAAUCUUGAAGGCCAUUAAAAAGAUAGAAGAUAUUGAAACAUAUAACGUCGAUGCACAGCUGAACAAGGUCACAGUGACCGGCAACGUAACAACGGAAGAAGUCAUGAGGGCUCUCCAUAAGAUUGGGAAGCAAGCAAGCAAUUGGGAGGAAGGUCCAGUUGCUCCAGUAUCAUAAACUAUAUGAGGACUUGCAUAUAAUUAAGCCCACGGAUCAAGUAGUUGUUCAAUUUCACAAGAGUGAUUAUGUAGAGAUCAAAGCAGAGAUUAUGGCGAAAGAGAGCAGAACAAAUCAAAGAAGAGAAGAGCAACAAUUUAUGAUCCUACAAAGAGGGAGAGAGAGAGAGAGGAACGUAUUACUUCUUAAUGUAGACUUGAUCUUUUUUAUCUUGGUGGUUCUUUCCUACAAAGCAGAUUGCACCUAUUAGAGCUAUGUAAAAAUGGGAUGAAUUCAGUCUCUAAGCUUCCAUGAUUCUAUUCUUAUGAACUAAAAUCUGUGACUUGAAAGUCUCUGAAUUCUUAAGACAAUAAUACAGGUG